GGUCUCUGUGUGUUCAGACCUAUUUGAGUGCCAGCUUCUUGGUAAACUGAUCGGGGAAAGGAAAGAGUAGUAACCCUUUAGCAGUUGUUUUAUGAACUAAUGCUGGGAUAGUGCCUGGCACAUGGUUUAGUGCUCAGUAAAUGACAGAUUUUCCUAAUGGCUAUUCCCUUUGCGAAAAGGAAUUGGGGCCCUAUGUUUAUUUCAUUUAAACGCAUUUAGAGGAAUAUAUAGGUAUAGAAGAAUGUAAUGGUACCUUUUUAUUUUACAGGGUUCUGGAAUCAAAGGUCUUGUGAUAUACAAUGGCAGGAAAAUCAUCGCUUUUUAAAGUAAUUCUCCUUGGAGAUGGUGGCGUUGGGAAGAGUUCUCUUAUGAACAGAUAUGUAACUAAUAAAUUUGAUACCCAGCUCUUCCACACAAUAGGUGUGGAAUUUUUAAACAAAGAUUUGGAGGUGGAUGGACAUUUUGUUACCAUGCAGAUUUGGGACACAGCUGGUCAAGAGUGAUUCAGAAGCCUGAGGGCGCCUUUUUACACAGGUUCUGACUGUUGCCUGCUUACUUUUAGUGUUGAUGAUUCUCAAAGUUUCCAGAACUUGAGUAAUUGGAAGAAAGAAUUUAUCUAUUAUGCAGAUCUGAAAGAGCCUGACAGCUUUCCUUUUGUAAUUUUGGGUAACAAGGUUGACAUAAGUGAACGGCAAGUGUCUACAGAAGAAGCCCAAGCCUGGUGCAGAGACAACGGCAACUAUCCUUACUUCAAAACAAGUGCAAAAGAUGCCACUAAUGUCGCAGCAGCCUUUGAGGAAGCAGUUCGAAGAGUUCUCGCUACUGAGGAUAAGUCAGAUCACUUGAUUCAGACAGACACAGUCAGUCUGCACUGAAAGCCCAAGCCUAACUCAUCUUUAUGUUGAUUGUUCCAGAGAUUGCCGGUGCAUUCUAACCAACUCACACAUACACACAAAUUAAAUAUAGGGGUCGAUAGGAGAAUUAGGGUUUGCAGCAAUGUGUCUUCUACUACUAAAAUGAAACUAAUGUAUAUUGCUGCUUCCUUAGUGGGUGAGUGAAGGGACACAUUCAUUCUGGGAGGAAUCUAGCACCUGACAUUUACAAAUUGUAAAAUU